AGAAAAGAACAGUUUUUUACAUCAUCGAUGUUCGCGUUAUGUAUGCGAACAACGAACUGUGUAAACUGACGACGCGAUUAAUAAAAGAAAAUCCUUCCAGUUGAUACAAUUGUACCAAAUAUGUCGGGGAUUUACAGCCAAUGUGAAAUAAUUAGUAUACAUACUCUUGCAACUUUGCCGCACAUUUAAAAUUGUAAAUUUACCGCCGUUGAAACUGCGCAUGUCCUGAAUAUUUCUCCAUUAUUACGUCAUUUAUUUACAUUUGAGACAAACAAUAAAAAUUCAAUUUUUCAAUGUACCAAUACUUUAAUAAAAUCUACAGUUAUUACUGUAUUCUUGGUUUCCGCACUAUUUUUAUGAAAAUGUUUAAGUCGUAUAAAAGAAAUUUACUGUUUGAUUGAAUAAUAGCGAAAGUAAUAUUGUUUGUGGAUUUGUAGGUUAAGUGUGUGCUGCUGUUUGUUUCUUCAUAAUAUAUCUAUACGAAUAAUGAAAUCAAUUGAAUGGAAAUUCGACUAUCACGAAAAAUAGUUACUUUUUUAUUUUUAAUCGUAGUUUUAUUUAUGUAUAUGAUAUACAACUACCACAUCUGUGCUCUUCCAGAAAUUACACAAUCCAUUUCAAAUUUACAUUUUAAUAGAACUUUGGAAUUGUACAACAGACACCAUCAUAUCAAAACAAUUCACCAAGUGCCAAUAAUUACAUUGACUGGUUCUGAUGCAUAUCCGAAAUAUAGAUUUUUUAGACAGCAAGGUCUCCAACCAAUCCGCCAAUUACCUACAGCGUUAAUAAUUGGUGUAAAAAAGGGGGGCACCAGAGCUUUACUCGAAUUUAUACGUAUACAUCCAGAUGUACGGGCAGCUGGAUGUGAAGUACAUUUUUUUGACAAACACUACUCCAAAGGAUUUGAAUGGUACCGUCACCAUAUGCCUUUAACUUUAGAUGGACAGAUAACAGUAGAAAAAACACCCUCGUAUUUUAUAACCAGAGACGCCCCACAAAGAGUAAAAUUAAUGAAUCCAUCCAUAAAGUUGUUAGUGAUAGUUAGGGAUCCCGUAACUCGUGCUAUCUCCGAUUAUACUCAAGCCAUAUCAAAAAAACCUGAGAUGCAAUCUUUUGAGAGGCUCGUUUUCUUCAACGGUUCUCAAAUUAUUAAUACCAGUUGGGGACCGAUCAAACUAGGAAUUUAUGCUCGAUUUCUGAAGCGUUGGCUCGUGUACUUUCCACUGAAACAACUCUUAUUCGUCAGUGGGGAACGUUUGAUUGUAGAUCCUGCAAUAGAACUCAAAAGAGUUCAAAACUUCUUAGGUAUUAAGUGUGUCGUUACCGAGAAACAUUUUUACUUUAAUUCCACCAAAGGGUUUCCAUGUUUAUUUAAGAGCGAAAGGCGAAGCACUCCCCAUUGUUUAGGUAAAACGAAAGGUCGAAAUCAUCCUCAUAUUGACCCCGCAGUAUUACAACGUCUUCGCGACUUCUAUAGGCCUUUUAAUGACCAGUUUUAUCAUAUGACUGGAAUUAAUUUUGGAUGGCCCUGAGUUAAAUGACUUGUUUUUUGUCUUAAAACCAAGAAAGUGUUCCAAAUAUUUCUUAAUAAUAUAAAGCAUCCUAUUUUACGUUACUGUGAUAUAAAUGGUUUGUCUUAAUUAGUUUUUAUCUGAAAUAAAUAAUUACUUAAGUAUUA